CAGUAAGCGCAUCGUACACACGAGGAGAAGUAGAAGCAAACACUCAGAUCUGUGGUCUCACGUUUAAACCAUGGGGAAGCAGAAAACAAGGAAGUUUGCCGCAAUGAAGAGAAUGAUCAAUCUGAAAGAUAAUAGAAUAAAAGAGAAAGACCGGGCUAAAACCAAAGAGAAAAAGAAGAAAGAUCCCUCAGCGCUUAAGGAGAGAGAAGUGGCAAAGUACCCAUCAUGCCUGUUCUUCCAGUACAAUACUCAGCUUGGUCCACCAUACCACAUUCUGGUCGACACCAAUUUCAUCAACUUCUCCAUCAAGGCCAAACUGGACAUUGUUCAGUCUAUGAUGGAUUGUCUGUAUGCAAAAUGUAUCCCAUGUAUCACAGACUGUGUGAUGGCUGAGAUUGAAAAGCUUGGAAUGAAGUACAGAGUCGCACUCAGGAUAGCCAAGGAUCCAAGGUUUGAGCGCCUGCCAUGCACACACAAGGGAACAUAUGCCGAUGACUGUUUGGUCCAAAGGGUAACACAGCACAAGUGUUACAUCCUGGCCACUGUGGACAGAGAUCUAAAGAGAAGAAUCAGGAAGAUCCCCGGGGUUCCCAUUAUGUACAUCUCAAACCACAGGUACAAUAUUGAACGGAUGCCUGAUGACUACGGUGCUCCAAGGUUUUAAUAUUUCCACAACUGAGCUAGACCUGUAAAUAAACCAAGUUUCCUGUUGAACAUUAUUUUCCUUUUAUUUUAUGUAUAUCAAAAACAUUGUGAGGUUUUGGGAUUUGGUUUGGUGAGGGUGGGGUGUGUUUGAUCUAACAGCAACUUACUUUAAGUUUUGUUGUUCUUAAAUCAUUUUGUUACAAGAAUAAAUGAAUUGUUGCAAUGUC